GACCAAGGCUGCAGUACCCUGGGAAUGAGUGUGCCAUGGCCUGGCCCCUGGGGUGGCCACCGGGCCAGGAGCCCACGGCACUGCGUACAGCCAGAGCUGUCCCUCGCGGAGCCCAGGCCCCCUGCAUCCAGGGAGUCUUGAGCUCACAUCUUUCAGGACAGUGCUUCUUCCAGAGCUGCCAGGGGAGUUGCCCAUGGCUCUUAGAAACCUGGCCCGAGGCUUAGAAAACAGUGACAGAGACCCCCUGAGAUCGGAGUAGAGCCAUGUGGGGCACCCAACGGCCCAGAGGGGGCACCAGCCAGGGCCUCAGACCGAUAUCUUCUUAGAAGACCAUCGGGAGAGCAGCUGGAGGAGCAAGGGUACCUGCUAUCACCAAGAGCCCCUCGCUUCGGAUGGGGAGCUAAGGUCUGAGACGCAUCCCGGGUUGCUCAGUGGGUCAGUGGCCAAACGGGGCCAUGGAAACGGCAGUGAUUGGAAUUGUGGCCGUGCUAUUCGUGGUCACCGUGGCCAUCACCUGCAUCCUCUGCUGUUUGAGCUGUGACUCAAGGACCCAGGAUUCUCAGGGGGGCCCACACCCCAGCUUCACGGUGGCCACGUUUCGCCAGGAGGCUUCUCUCUCCACGGGGCCAGGUCACCAUGUCCAGCCAGUGGCGGGUGUCCGGGACUUCUGGACUUUCAUGUGAGACCUACCAGCCCCCAGGAUUUGCUCUGCUGGUGGUCAGACUCAUCUACCCCCCCGGCAAGCCUUCUCUGUUGACCCACUCCUUCAAGCCUGGCAUUCCUGUCCUUCCCUGCCUGUAUCCAGAAAACUCCCUGUCCCAUCCCAUCCCAGCUUGCCAUGGCCUCCAGUCUGGGAGAUCCAUGGUGAUGGGGCCAGGUGGGAGUCAGCUCUGACCCCUGAGAGCUCAGCUGUACCAACCCACAGGAUGGGGCUUAGGAGAGGUCCGGAGCUUGAGUGACCGGGCAGAGCUGGGUGGUAUGGUGGGCCAGCUCUUCUGAGCUUCACGGUGAACUGAAAUAUCACUGGACUUUAUAGUGAACAGAGUGUUGGUUAACUCAAGUUAUCCCAGGAUGCCUAUGAAACUGGUUCUAUUGCCACCAGAGGAAGCAGCGCCCUCAGUGGACAGUUUUACAAACUUAUCUGUUCCUCUAAUUGAGUCAUUUUGCUACUUGCCUGUGCACAUCCUGCAGAGCCCACCCCUGAGAUCUGCCUCCUACCCGUUACCUGAAAUCAGCCCUGAAAUUCUGAAACCAAAGUGAUGCUUCCUGGGAACUGGCAAUGUAUUUUAUAAUUGAAAAUGCAUAUCCUUUUAUGGGUCUCCCAAGAAUCAGGGUUGGGGAAUCACAAAAGGAAACAGAAGAGAAAAAUAGAGUCACAGAAAGUACAAGAUGUUUUAUUAACAGGAAAGCCAGAAAGAAGACUUUGAAACAUAUUUUGAAUGAGACUUUAUUACUAUAUUUUUAUAGGUCACUUCUAUUCUUAGAGACUAAGUGACCUGUGUCACUCAGGAAUGAUAGAAAAAUGAUAGAACUCCAAAU